UCUUAUUGGUCUAGAGUGCCGGGUUUGCAGGAGAAGAACACCGGCAGGAUUUGAUUGGUCAUUACAGAAGUUUUCUUAAGUUGUGAUUGGCUAAAAAUCAAUACCCUGCAAAAGCCAAAAUGCUCACGCUAGUCUUCAUCUUCAUAUCUUCCUCAACAUCAUUGCUCAACAUGGCGUUUAGUUCAGUGAGAGAAGAUGUUUUGAAAUUAUUUCAAGACGAAGAUUUGCAGAAAUUGAUUGAAAUAUUUAAUAUUUAUUCUGAGAAAUGGAUAAAUUCAAAUAAAAAUGUGUUUUUAAACACAGAACAGCUUUAUGCUGUACUUUCUUGUGGAGAAAUUGGUGUGAAUGAAGAUGCUUUGAAAUAUCUUCCUGCAUCAGUUUCUUCCAAGAAUUGUGUUGCAUUGAGGUCCGAAUCAUCUGGAAAUUGCUUGUUUAGCUCCGUUUAG